UUUUAGUGCAAGACUCAUUUUCCAAACUCGCUAUUAGCUCAUUUACGGGCACCUCGGAUUGAUCAUUAAUUAAAAAUGACAAAUUAUUUUUUUUAAUAGUAGUACGAUUACAUGUGGAGUGUCAAGAUUCACUCUGACUAGAACGCUCAGUGAACGAUCCUUGAACGAUGGUACAGGCAAUAUAUAACAAAUGUUUUGAAGAGUAUCUGCUACGUUUGUCUACAGUUCAUGAGGUGCAGGGUGUUCGACAAAUCUAAGGAUGUCAGUGAUAAAUAGUUAAUUCAUUCUUGAGUCGUGCUAUACAUAAAAACACUCAGGCAGUCUCUGCAUGAAAAAAAUCACUCUCGUAAACAAAACAAAUGGGAAAAGGCCUGCAGAUGAAAAGAAUAAAAUUCCUCAAGUGUUGUCUUUUAUGUUCACUGAAUACCCAGUUAAAGACUUACAUUUACACUGCGGUUAAAGUGUACUACAACCCCCUAUAUCAUCAAAAUAAAAAAAAAUCAUGUACCAAAAGUUCGAGUGAAGCUACAUCCGUCAGCCUCCACGUCCAUUGGUUCACAUACUUGUUCACUUUAAAAAGAGAAAUCAAAAGCUACUUAGCCGAUUAGUGCUGUUAAUUCUAAAAGAGGAUUAGAAAAAAAAUAGGUUAUCCCAUUUAACGACAUUAAAAACAAAAAUGCAGUAUGAGUACAGUCUGACAAAGGAUGGGUGCCGAUGUAGUUCUCAGCUUUUCUCGCAAACUGUUCAUCUGAUAGAGAAAUCGCCGUUUUCUAUUUUUAGUUCUUUCAAUUAAGUUUGUGACUCAAGGAGCAUCUGUGCAGCUACUGCAUGCGAUGUAGAAGCGGGAAGAUAAACAGAUUCAUUGCGAUCUUAAUUCAGUAAAUACGAAGCAAGUAGAUAUGUGUGACACAACUGUCCUGCAGGCAAGGGUCGAGUCCUCACUUCCUCUGUUUGUAGAGGGAGCUACAUGUCAGUCACACAUCUCACUCUUCACUGUCAGUUCCGACUAGAGUGUAAAGAAACAUAUCUAUCUCUAUGUUCCGAUGCACGUACAGACUUUUAGACGGACCUUGAGUAACAAACAUCUGUAUCCACAGAGAGCUCGUCCAGCGUGAGGCGAACAUAAUAGCCCUGAAUAUAUUUCUCUUUCUAACCCUACUAGUGAUCUCAGGUCACUAUAUUGAAAACUUAAAACUCGACAUCUCCGUGUGUAGUGCUUUAAUAUUCUUUCCACAGUCAUUCGGAAAGAAAAGGCAAGGAAAUAUAAAGAAAUAUACUGACCAAGACCAGGCUCCUUCACAGCCGCGUGCCCGGGUACAUUAGCCCCGUUCCACCCUGCCCACGAUGUCUGUCGCACCGAAUUACAGUCGCCGUGUAAUCACCAGAAAGACAUGGGCUUUGGGUCUGCUGGUUUAUUCGUUUUUUCUUGUGACGGCAGACAACAGGGGAGGUGGACAGGGAGACAAGCGAAAACCCUGUACGUUCCCGACUACCAUUGGGACUGCUUGCCUUGCACAUAAAAGUUUACACUCUAACAUUUACAAUUACAAUUUACAGGGUGGCUUCUCUGUAAAGAACUGUGAAUAUUGCUGUAAACAUGCUGCUUGUUGUAUCCAGUGCGACGAUAAGUGCCUUUUACUGGACAGUGAAUCUUGCUCUAAACAUGCUGCCUGUUGUAUCCGGUGGGAUGAUAACUGCCGUACAAAAGUUCCUCCUCCCUCUAAUAAAGAAGCCACAACCACAACCACUCAGUCCUUGAGUUCGAGUUUGUCGACAUCAUCCCACAAAGAAGAUGGAUAUGGAAACGACGUUCAUUUGCCUGCCUGCAAAACAACCGGCAUUCUAGGUGCACUUUUGGCAUUCAUUGUUGGAGUCCUCGUGGGCCUUCUCGUAGCUUGGCUUAGACACCGGAAAUGCAGUAGCCCGCUUCAAGAGUCGCCUGCCAACACCGUAAUGUCUGAGAUGGUCAACACCAGACACGACCUCAAAGACCAACAAGAAGCAUCAGGAAACAAUUGCGAGGAUGUCCAUUCCUUGGCCCAGGUACCCAACCUGCCCAGUGACGUGGCAUCUGUUCUCCAGCCAGAGACUUCUACUGUUCCUAACGAUCAAGACUCUGGAGCUGGCGUGUACUGUCAUCUUCAUGUUGUCAGUGAAGCUGAGACUACAGAGUACACACCUAUGACGCCGCCAGACAAGAAGAAGAACAUCACAGCGCCGCCUACUUUUUCCCAGCAAAUGAUGGCUACUCAACAUCUUCCCAACAUCGACGAGGAUGGAUAUGCGAGAAUCGCUGACACGGUUACUAUCUCUAGACCUUCUGAACCUCUCAGACACCAGAGCGCCACCUUACGGCAGGCACGUUCCCCAGACCCUCUCGAACCUCGUUCCGACGACGCGGAUGAGUACGACAGACUUCAUCGUCAUGACAACCAGAGCAAAGCAUUGUCUGGUGAUGGCAAUUACCAGCAUCUCCAGACUAUUGCGCACAGGCGGGAUAACACUUCGUCUUGUGGCUACGAGCUGGCAACCGUCACAACUGAUAUCAGAAACAAGACGAAGGAAACCGAAGCAUCCCAAAGUUUUAACAUCCCAGGAAGGAGGGAAGACAACCCGAAGAGCUUGUCUUGUGGUCCCUCUGCUUCUGAUGAUCAUCAAGAAGAGCGUCUGAAAGACGGCCUUCUGACAGCCAUCGAGAGGCAUGAAUACUUUGAACUCGAACCUCUACAUGAACCACGUGAUGAUGAUGAGGACGGCAGCAUCAAUAAUGAUCAUAAUGACGAUGUACACGACUACAGCAGCCCCAAUGAUCCAGACAUCAGACUUCUCGAACAGCCAUGCACAGAAAACUCUCGCCAUCUUCAAGAUGCUCAUCGUGCCGAGGUCCUUGUGUCUAGUGACUACGAGCUGGCUACAGUCGUCAGCGACAACGACUCCGUAGCUGGGUCUUGUCGCAGCAUCAUCAUGUGAUUGAUGUUAAUGUAUCUCAACACCACGUAAUAAAUUACAUGAUUAGUGUAAUAACCAUUAAAUGACAACUAGCGGAGUGCUAACUUUUCCCUUUCAAGUUACUUCUUUUGCUUUCAGCAUAAAAGUAUGCAAUGGUUUUCGUCUGCUGGUCAUCGCUAGAAAAUACUUUUACUGUAAUGCAAUGAGACUGACGAAUGCAACUGGCCCUCAUCCCCUCAUCUCACGUGCGUGACAUAAAACACGUGACCUGUACGACUAAAACACAGUUAUCAGCCAGACAAAGGACUGCUCGUGGCUCUUCCGGUGUUUCAGAAGAUUCUUCCUCGAGAUGAAGAGAUAGUUUACUCUACAUCCUGAGAUGUUUCCGAAUCUGAGCUAGAAAAAAAAACAACAAAAGGAACUUAAAUACCCUCAAUCACAUAUUGCUUGAAUUAUGAAAAUGCUUUUGAUGAAAUACAUCUUUGAUAUUAAUUUAUUAACUUGAUUAUAAGCAUCUCCAUUUUAGUGAUGUCUCAGUUCAAGUGCCGAGCACUUCUCUCUCCCCUUCAAGCCUACUGGAGAUUGAUGUAAAUAGUUCCAGCACCUGGAAAUAGUUCACUACCUUAAUUCAUAUUUUACAGCACAGUAUAUGUUAGAAAAGUGUUUCUGCCUGUAAAGCGUUCUUAUUAAAACUGUUUUUUCCAUUUAUUUAAUAAAGUUUAUUUUUCAAGAAUCACUUCCUUGUUUUGCUAAGCAUGAAUACGGGACUUAACAACUAACCCCUGUCUGCUCUUCCGCCAUUGUCCUUGUUGAAUAAAAUCUCUUAUAAAGAGACACAACCCUUUUGACAUUAAGGUGAGAGUAUAUUUUAGAAAAAAAUGUUUUAAAGAUUUGUAAUAACAUUCUGUGACAGAAUGACCAUACAGACACAUUUGUGCAAAGUAAAACAACGAAUGACUGUGUAGCUGUUGUAGUGCAUACAAAUGUCUCCUUGAAGUGUUCAUUGUUUUUUUCUGUCCAUCUUCCUGUCAUAUCUAACUUAGUUUUUAGAUGUUCGAUGCAACUGCACACAAAUGUAGUAUGGGGUGAGUUCUGUAUCAACGAAUAAAUAAAUUAAUCUAA